UUAAGGCACGAAAAUUUGACCUCAUCAGAACGAAUACAUUUGGAUGGUGAUUUACGCUGCUUGGCACGAACGUGUCGACAUCUUCUCUCGCUGAUAUCCUCAAUGAAGGGAUCAGUUGAUUCACUGGUGCUGGCGGUCACUUGCUGCUUAUCCGAAGCAUCAUCCACCUAG